UGUUAUGCAAUGCAACCAAUUUCGAAACGAAAACAUACUAAAAUUGUUGCGAGCGUUUUUUUCAAAUCCGAGUAAUGUCAAGUUCUCUGUAAAUUAUAUAUUUUUUUUUAUUUAUUUGAAAAUGAUUAAACACUCGUUGACGGCAGUGUAAUAAUAUUCUGUUUUGAUGGGAGCCAGUGGUAAAUCUUCUGUGUGGCAAUCACUUCUCUAACCUAGCUAAUUUUAAAUUGGAAAGUUAAAAUGUUUUCCUUAAGAUUCUUAAGAAACUACAACAAGCAGUUGUCAAUCCUCCGAUUGAAAAGUAUAAGUGCUGCAAAUACAACAGCAAAAGUCAAUGAUAAGGAUGGAGCGGUGCAGUACAUGGGACAGCCUACGAAUGAGACACAUCCGCACUUGAUUAAUGAGGGUGAGGUGGUCCCUCUGAUCACAAAAUUGGAGCUGCAGGAGAGAAGGCAGAAGCUCAUCGAUUUGAUAACCUCUCAAACAAGGAAACGUUAUCCGGAAUUGAAUAGACAUGUUAUUGUUAUACCAUCUGCGACAAAAAAGUACAUGUCGGAGAAGAUCCCGUACGUGUUUAGGCAACACAGCGACUUCCUGUAUUUGACUGGUUGCAUGGAGCCGGAUAGCUGCCUUGUGAUAACGGCGUCCACGUCGCCUGGACAACAUCAGAGCACGCUCUUCCUGAGGGAAAAGGAUCAACAUUCGGAGAUAUGGGACGGUCCACGCACGGGGCCGGAGAAUGCGGUGCGUCUGUUCGGGGUCGAUCAGUCUUUGCCCAUGAAGGAGCUGUCCUCUUUCAUGCAAUGCUGCGCGCAACCGACGUCGUCUUCGUUGUUAUGGUACAAUUUUAAGGAGUCGCCGCUGCCCGAAGUCGACACCAUUCUGCAGGAGUACUUCAAGAAGGUCUUCAGCAAAGUCUGGGACAAUCCGACGUCGUGCAUACACAAUCUGAGGGUGAUCAAAUCGCCGGCGGAGAUUAAACUGAUGCAGCGAUCCUGCGAGAUCGCUUCUGAAGCCAUCCGCAAGACUAUGCACUUUUCCAGACCAGGUGUAAAUGAACACGAAAUCUUUGCAACUGUGGAUUACGAAUGUCGGAAGAUGGGCGCAGAAAUGUUGGCUUAUCCGCCGGUUGUCGCAGGUGGAGAUAGAGCCACCAUAAUCCAUUACAUCAACAACAACCAGAUGGUGAGGGACGGCGAUAUGGUCCUAAUGGACGCUGGUUGCGAAUAUCAUGGUUAUAGCAGCGACAUAACCAGGACUUGGCCGGUGAAUGGACAAUUUAAUAACGUACAGGCUGCUGCUUACGAAGCCCUGUUGGACGUGCAGACGCAGUUGAUCGAUGCCAUGAAGAAGCGACCGACACUGAAUCAGCUGUACCAAUUGAUGUGCCAGCUGCUGGCCAUCAGACUCGGCGAUAUCGGAUUGAUCGACUCCAAGAGUGACAUGAACACGAAGAUGCGAAACGCGUACGAUUUUUGCCCGCACCACGUCUCCCAUUACCUGGGGAUGGACGUCCACGACACCGGCUCCGUAUCAAGAGAUAUCCCUCUGCAGCCAGGAAUGAUCAUCACAAUCGAACCAGGUAUUUACGUGAAUUACAAGCACGAGGCUCCGAAGGAAUUCAAAGGGUUGGGGUUGAGGAUCGAAGACGACGUUCUGGUGACGGAGGAUGGACCGGUGGUGCUGACCGCGAAUUGUCCGAAGACGUUGAAGGAUGUAGAGGCCGCGUCCUCCUCGUGAUAGUUUCAGACGAGAGGCGGGAUGUUGUUGUAUAAUUGUUGUAAAAACGAGAACGGGAUGGGUCACUGUUGUAAACUAUGUAUAUAUAUAAUAAAAAGGAGAUUCGGCAA